AUGUUAAACGCCAGCAUUCACACAAAAUUUAGCCAUUUUGAGAUCCUAAAACCAUCAAGCAUCAGAGUCCGCGUCAAGAGGGAUUCCGCCUCAGGUCAUGUGGUGUUCAAAUCUCUCAAGUUCUUUGCCCUGGGUAACCAGUUCAAUAUAACCCUGAAGCCAGGAUCUCCGGUAAUUGAUCCGAUGGACUUUGAGGUGAAACUGAUGGACGCUUCCGGCAAAGUGACUUACCAUAAGCUGAGGGAAGAUGCUUUCUACGAGGGACGUGUGAUGGGUCAGCGGUCCAGUUUUGUUGACGCCGCGCACAUAGGAGGUGUGUGGUCUGCGCAUGUGCAGACGCCGCACGACAGCUUCUUCAUUGAGCCGCUACAUAAACAC